AUGUACCAUCAGAUGCUGAUUCGUUUGGCGGACAGAAGGGUGCAACGGUUUUUGUUUCGCCGAAGCACCAAGGACGAACCUAGUAUUUACGUGAUGGACGUAGCAAUUUUCGGAUCAAAGAGUUCUCCUUGUUCGGCCCAGUUCGUCAAGAACAGAAACGCGAUGGAAUUUGCAGUGCAAUAUCCGGAAGCCGCUGCAGCAAUCGUUGAGAAACAUUACGUCGAUGACUACUUCGACAGUGUGGAUACCAUCGAAGAAGCGGUUCAGCGCGCAGAGCAGGUAAAACUCAUCCAUUCCAAAGGGGGAUUUGAAAUGCGAAACUGGGUUUCUAACUCAGGAGUAGUUCUCAGCAGUCUUGGGGAAACGAGAGCCGUCCAGUCAAUACAUUUUAACCAGGACAAAGAAACGGGAAAUGAGCGGGUGCUUGGUAUUAUUUCGAAUACAACUCAAGACGUUUUAUCCUUUUCGACCGAGCACCGUAAAGAUUGCAAGAUUAUUUGCAGGGCCUCAGGAUCCCGACCAAGCGCAUCGUCCUGA